CCCGCGCAGCCCCUUCUCUGUUUUCUGUGCUCCUUUGAGCUCACUGUUUGUCCAGGUUUUUUACGUUUUAAUUUCCAGGACUUGAACUGCCAUGUCCUCUGAAGAAGGAAAGCUCUUCGUGGGAGGGCCCAACUUUAACACCAACGAGCAGGCGCUGGAAGACCACUUCAGCAGUUUCAGACCUAUCUCUGAGGUGGUCGUUGUCAAGGACCGGGAGACUCAGUGGUCCAGGGGUUUUGGUUUCAUCACCUUCACCAACCCAGAGCCUACUUCAGUUGCCAUGAGAGCCAUGAACGGAGAGUCUCUGGAUGGUCGUCAGAUCCGUGUGGAUCAUGCAGGCAAGUCUGCUCGGGGAACCAGAGGAGGUGGCUUUGGGGCCCAUGAGUGUGGUCGCAGCUACUCCAGAGGUGGUGGGGACCAGGGCUAUGGGAGUGGCAGGUAUUAUGACAGUCGACCUGGAGGGUAUGGAUAUGGAUAUGGACGUUCCAGAGACUAUAAUGGCAGAAACCAGGGUGGUUAUGACCGCUACUCAGGAGGAAAUUACAGAGACAAUUAUGACAACUGAAAUGAGACAUGCGCAUAAUAUAGAUACACAAGGAAUAAUUUCUGAUCCAGGAUCGUCCUUCCAAAUGGCUGUAUUUAUAAAGGAUUUUGGAGCUGCACUGAAGCAUCUUAUUUUAUAGUAUAUCAACCUUUUGU